AUGACAUAUUUUGAGGAAUCUUCAAGAGCAUCAGGAACAGCCCUCGCACUGGGGUGUUCAGAGUUUACAGGGCAAAUGAGAAACUCCUAUCCGUGCACAAGGGAAAAAAUAACAACACACAAAACAGAAGGCGCCAUCAUGGGAGUUGACAUCUGCCCAACAAGAACCCAUAGGUUCAGCACAAGGAGCCCAAGAGCCAGGAUAUUGGUCUACCUGAGGCUGUUGGUCAAACUGUACAUGUUUCUGUUCAGACAGAACAACUCCACAUUCAACCAGGUUGUGCUGAAGAGGCUGUUUAUGAGUCACACCAACCGACCACCUCUGUCCCUUUCCCAGAUGAUCCAGAAGAUAAAGCUUUCUGACCGGGAAAACAGAAAGGAUGUGGCUGUGGAACCCACCACUUCCGGACACAUGGGGACCAUAACGGAUGACGUACGGGUUCAGGAAGUGCCCAAACUGAAGGUGUGUGCACUGCGCAUGACCAGCCGGGCCCGCAGCGGCAUCCUCGGGGCCGGGGGCAAGAUCCUCACUUUUGACCAGCUGGCCGCUGACGCCCCCAAAGGCUGUGGCACCGUCCUGCUCUCUGGUCCUCGCAAGGGCCGAGAGGUGUACCGGCAUUUUGGCAAGGCACCGGGAACCCCACACAGCCACAACAAACCAUACAGCCACACCAAACCAUACAUCCACUCCAAGGGCUGGAAGUUCGAGUGCACCAGAGGCCUACUGGCCAGCCAAGGCUACAAAAACUAA